AUGCAGUCGCUUGUUGCUGAUUAUGGCUCAUCUGAUGAGGACAGUGAAGCCAGUAAUACUUGCAAACUUACUUUGAAAACAGAGUCUUUUUCUAAACCACUUUCUGCAAAACAUGAAUCUGUUGCUCAGCCAUCCAGGAAAAAAACUCGAGUUAAAGUGGAUCAUUCCUUCUUCUCAGUGCAUUCUGGAGAUGUCGAGUCCAGUAGUGAUCAGGAUAAUCAGCAUGACGACACAUUAAACAGUCCAUCCAAUUUAUCUCGAAUGGAUCCUAAACCGUCUGGACUCAAAUCACUGUUUGCAAUGCUUCCAGCUCCUAAGAAAUCAUCCAUGACAAGCCCACACACUGUAGGAUCAAAUACUGCAAAUAGUAUGCCUUCUCCACGCAUGCUUGGUCAAGCCUCUGGCGAUGGACUGCAACCUGGGCUUAUGAUUUCUCAACCAAUCUCUCGUAUUUCAAAAAUCACUUCUACUGCAUCAAAAAACAUGCCAGUUUCUCAUACUAAAAGUAGUACUGCAUCCAAAUCUACUUUAGAAAAAGAAACCGAGGUAAAAGUAAAAAAACAAGCGGAUGAUAUUGAUCCAGAUUGCUUCUUUAAUCCAGGUAUCGAGGACAGCGAUCGCUCUAGCAAUGCAAAUCUAUCCACAUUUGUAGCACCAUUGGUUUCAUCAUCCAUGAGUCUUAAUUACACAGAUUCGAGUGAAUCUCCGGUGGUGGGUGAUUAUGAAGCAUAUGCAGCUCAGUUUAGUGGAUAUACAUCUCAAAAACCAAAUGUACUUCCACCCGAGGAUAUUCAAGAUCAAUCUCAAAACGUAGACAAAAAUGGACUUCCCUUUGGUAUAGAUGAAAGUGUGGUAAGAGUACGAGUUCAAGUCAUUGUAAACUAUACUCAUGAUCAACAUGGUUUAAAUCUUGCUUGA